AUGUGGUCAGCUGUGGGGGUGGUGAGGGGUGAUGUGGUCAGCUGUGGGGGUGGGGGUGAUGUGGUCAGCUGUGGGGGUGGGGGUGAUGUGGUCAGCUGUGGGGGUGGGGGUGAUGUGGUCAGCUGUGGGGGUGGGGGUGUGAUGUGGUCAGCUGUGGGGUGUGGGGGUGAUGGGGUCAGCUGUGGGGGUGGGGGUGAUGGGGUCAGCUGUGGGGGUGGGGGUGAUGUGGUCAGCUGUGGGGGUGGGGGUGAUGUGGUCAGCUGUGGGGUUGGGGGGUGA